AUGCCAUCACCAUUCCCUCAUGUACUUGCAAACUUCUCAUCUUUGAAGUCACUUAAGCUCAAAGAUUGUCAGCUGCAUGGAGAAUUUCCGGUGAGCAUCUUUCAGCUACCAAACUUGGAAGCCCUCGACAUUAGCUACAAUUUCUACCUUUCUGGUUUUAUUCCCGACUUACAUUGGGGUUGUCAGUUAAGCGGUCCUAUUACAUAUUCAUUUGAGAACUUGACUCAGUUGAUUUCGCUUCAACUUUAUUACAACAAUUUGCAAGGUAAAAUUCCAAGCUCAAUAUGGGAACUCAAGGAUCUUGAAUUUCUUGAUCUUUCUUGGAAUAAUUUGAGUGGCACGGUGGAUUUACACAAACUCAAGAAACUGAGAAUGUUAGAUUUGGCCUUCGACAACAUAUCUUUUGCAAGCAAAGCUGACAUCAAUGCCACUCUUCCAAAACUUUCCAUUUUAGGUUUAGAUUCAUGCAACUUACAUGAGUUCCCGAAGUUUUUAGCCUACGCAAGCAGAUUAGAGGAUAUAGAUCUUUCACACAAUAAUAUCAAAGGGAGUGUUCCUAUGUGGAUGUGGAAUGGUAGCAGAGAAUCCUUGUUCUAUAUGGAUCUUUCCCACAAUUUUCUGACUGGCUUUGAAAAUAAGCAGAUCAAUCUACCACUGCCCAAGUUGAUCGAUCUUGACAUUAGUUCUAACCAGCUCAAAACAAAACUCCCUAGUCCUCCUCCAUCAAUGUAUUACUAUAAUAUCUCCUACAACUUCCUCAUCGGAGAAAUUCAAUCUAUUUGUAGUGUCAGAUUCCUCGUCAUUCUGGAUUUGUCCAACAAUAGUUUAAAUGGCACAAUUCCUUCAUGUGUGGGAAAUAUGGAUUAUUUGUCAUUUCUAAAUCUUAGGAAAAAUAAACUUGUGGGCAUGAUUCCUCAUGCUUACCCAAAAGGCUGUAUGUUGGAGAUUAUAGACCUCUCAGAGAAUCGAUUACAAGGGCCGACUCCAAGAUCUUUGGCGAAUUGUACCAAGCUAGAGUAUUUGAACCUUGCUCACAAUCAAAUUCUCGAUGGGUUCCCUUUUUGGUUAUCAGAGUUGACAAAGUUGAAAGUUGUUAUCUUGAAAUCCAAUAAGUUCUAUGGUUCAAUCGAAGCAUAUCAAAGCCAGUUUAACUUCAGCUAUAUGCAUAUCAUGGACCUUUCAUAUAAUAGUUUCAAUGGCAAACUUCCUUGCAAGUUGUUGCAGAGUUUGCAUACAAUGGAAGUGAUAACUCGGCAAGAACGGUUGGAAUAUAUGACAAUUCAGGCACUAGAUCCAUUUGACAAUGUAUAUAUGGAAUUUGAGGUUUAUGACAUGAAAUUAAUGAAUAAAGGUACAGAAAGGGAACACUCAAAGGUUCCAUUUGCACUUAUGCAAAUUGACUUCUCCAAUAACAAAUUCGAAGGACACAUACCUGAUCUCAUUGGAGAUUUGAAGUCACUUAUUUUGCUUAACCUUUCAAGCAACGUUCUAACUGGUUCCAUCCCACCAUCCUUAGCAAAUUUGACAUUGCUAGAAUCUCUUGAUCUUUCUCAAAACAAGCUCUCCGGAGAGAUCCCUCUAAAGCUAGCCCAGCUUACGUUUCUUUCAUAUUUCAAUGUCUCUAAUAAUCAAUUGUCGGGACCAAUACCGCAAGGGAGUCAGUUCAACACAUUCUCAAUCGAUUCAUUCACCAUGAAUGAGGGGUUAUGUGGAAGUCCUUUGCCGAAAAAAUGCACAAAUGUUGGGGAUAACUUACCAUUACCACCAUCUCCCCACGAAAAAUUUGGCGAAGAGUCCUUGUUCAACUCAGAGUGGAAAUUUGUGCUAAUUGGCAUUGGAGUUGGGUUUUUUAUCGGCAUUGUGCUAGGAAACUUGAUCAUUGAUGAGAAGAGCAUGUGGUUCUUGCACUACUCCGAGAGAAUGGCAAAAGGAUGGAAAAGAUUGGGAAGCCACUGA